GGCCUGAAGGAUGUAGCAGCUGAACACAGCAGGUCAGCAGCUACCACCUCAACAGCCUCAAAAAGGUGAUACCGAAACAUCAGCUAACAGCAGCCGUAGAGAAGUCAACACCCAGGCUAGCAGAGGACAGGGCACGGCCGACAGCAGAGCAACCCCAACCAAGUACGCAGGACAAGAUCCCGGCAGCCCAGCGGAGGAGCACGAGAUCUGGCAUCCGAGAGCAGAAAGAAUCGGCAGGCAAUGGGGAAGAACACCAGAUCAAGAACUCAGUAGAGGAUCCAACAGUGGAGGAGAUAAAAAAAAAAGAGGAGAGCAGGGCAAGAAGUCCCCAGAUGCACAUCGGCGGCGGCAGCGGCGGGGGAAGCAGGAUGCUGCCGCCGAAGCAGCUGCUGACCAUCGCCAUCGUCAUCUUCUCCACGCUCUCCUUCAUCAAGCUGCUGCUCCUCACCAGCUCCUCGUCGGGGGCCUCCUCCUCCCUCCGCAGCCCGGCGUGGGACGCCGGCGGCAACGGGACGGCCAGGAGCGCGCUCGCCGCCAAGGAGCUCGCGCUGCUCCGCUCCCUCGUCGCCGCGCGCGCGCCGUGCAGGCUGCUGGUCUUCGGCCUCUCCCCGCAGCUCCUCGCGCUCGCCAGGCUCAACUCCGGCUCCGGGGCCGCCGCCGCCACGGCCUUCGUCACCGACAGCGCCGAGGACGCCGCCGCCGCGCGCCGCGUGCUCGGCUCCGGGCGCAAGGCCAGUGGCGCCCGGAGCACCGACUCCGCGGUGGCCAUCCAUCGGGCGCGGUACCGGGACGCGGCGGCGGAGGCGUGGCCGCUGCUGCGGCGCGCGCGGGGGAGCCCGGCGUGCCGGCGGCCAACGGGGGCGGUGCGCAAGUCCGGAUGCCCGCUGGCGCUCACCUCGCUUCCACGCGAGGUGCUCGACGCGCGGUGGGACGUCGUCGUCGUCGACGGGCCCAGCGGUGCGGGCCCCGAGGAGCCCGGCCGGAUGGGCACCAUCUACACCGCCGCGGCGCUGGCGCGCGCGUCCGCGGCGGCGGCGGCGGCUGGGGAGGGGGCACCCCAGGUGGACGUGGCGGUGCACGACGUGGACCGGACCGUGGAUAGGUGGUACGCGUGGGAGUACCUCUGCGAGGACAACCUCGUCGCCGCCAAGGGCCGCCUCUGGCACUUCCGCGUCGGCGCCGGCGGCCCGCCGGACGCCUUCUGCAACACCGGCCCCGUUCAGAUCUUGUAGAGCAGCCGGACGAACCGGACCAUUGGACCAAGAAUCCCAGGCCAACGGAGGCAUGCCAUUGUCUUCGUACCCAACAUUGUCAAUGUCACCACCGCGUCGCCGAGGCGACGAGCAGAUCCUGUCCAGGUCCAAUGUCCGGCGAUUGUGGCGGCAAUUGUUGAUAGAAUUAUAGAUACAACUGCCCAAAUGUGAAGAAGGAAGAAUUGAGUGAUUAGCUAGGCAAUUAGGGAGAUGCGGAUUUUUUUUUUCUACCACAAUUCUUCGAGGCAAGAAGAGUUCUUUUUUUCUUUCUGUUGCUGAACUAGUAUACUGAAUUGUGUUGUUCUUUAUCUGCAGCAAUCAAAUAAUACCGGACUAGCUUAGUGCUUGAUCAUGGUUCAGGGUUAUUGA